ACAGUUUGCAGCCAUACAUGUUGGGUAUGCCGCGCGAUGAAGAUUUUUAGUGUGUUUUGUGUAACCUUGGGGCGUACUGCAUGCAGUCUUGCUAUGUCGACUUGACUGGCUGGGGACAGUUGCACACUUUAUUGGUUUUGUACCUACCUAUUUUAAGAGAGACAGAGAGCUGGUUAUGCGAAAAGACAUAGCUAUGCAAGUAACGGAUGAGCUUCCUUGGGGACGAUGAAUGACGACGCGCGGAGUGACGUGACAUAGGGGGCCAAUGACUGGCCAAACUCCUACGUGCCCCACCCAUGAUCUGCUUCUGCGAGUUAAGGUCAGCAUCAACUCAGUCCAAGUCGGGGCUCUGCGAACGACACGAAGAUGUUGAUUCUCAGGCUUGGUGGCCGAAGGGCAUUGUUACAAUUAGAUCGAAUUUCCGGCAGCGGCAAUCGCCUACUUCAUGCGUUGUCGUCAUCAGCGUACCACCGGCCGUCGCCCAGGCAAACAUCUCUUCCUAUCAGCAACAAUACGAUCAACAGCCCGCUAUGCCCAUCCCUGGGAUGUGCCGCCCGCUAUACGUCCCAGCCUGGCGGCAAGCCGUCCGGCACGGCAAGCAAGAUCGCGGCGAAGCUCCCGACGCUACCGAAGAAUCUCCAUGAAGACAUCCGUACCCUGCCGAACCUACUGACGCUAUCGCGCCUCGUCGCUGCGCCCUUUGUCGGCUAUUUCAUCCUCCACGACCAGCAUGCUUGGGCACUGGGCCUGUUCGCGUACGCCGGCGUGACGGAUCUACUGGACGGCUGGAUCGCACGGCGAUGGAAGCAGCAGACGGUGGUCGGCACCAUCAUCGACCCAAUGGCCGAUAAGACACUCAUGACCAUCCUUACGGUGUGUCUGGCGGCGCAGGGGUCGCUUCCGGUAUGGCUCGCGACCAUCAUCCUCGGCCGCGAUGUCGGCCUGGCCAUGUCUGCUAUAUACUACCGUUGGGUCUCCCUACCGCCCCCCAAGACCUUUGCGCGAUAUUGGGACUUUUCUCUGCCCUCGGCCGAGGUCCGUCCCACGACCAUCAGCAAGUAUAAUACGUUCCUCCAACUCAUCCUUAUUGGCAUGACGACCGCCGCCCCGGUGUUCAGCUACGAUCUCUCAACACCGUUGGCCAUCAUGCAGUACGUUGUGGCCACCACGACAGUGUGGAGUGGCGCGAGCUACAUCUAUACUAAAGACGCGGUCAAGAUCUUGACGCCACCCACCAAGGUUUGAGAAGUCUCGCAGCUUCUCCAUCAGCUACCUCCGCUGAACGUAUAAGUUUUGCAACGCUGUCAACUAACUGAGGCAUUUGCUGCCCCAGUCAGCAGAGGGCCCUGGACGUCACAUACCAGGGAAACGAACAGCAAGGCCUUUGUAUUGUAAAACAUUUAACAUUUUCUCAAUUGGGUCUGGGAAGAAAACUU